CAGCAUUGCAGACAAAUUUUACAGUACCUGGGACAACAUUGACUUUGAGCCACAAUUUCCUCCCCAUCAAAGUUUACUCUCAAAGCCGGCUCUCUUGAAUAUAUUACUGGUGAUUUCCAUAGGUAAAUUAACGCUGGCUAAUUAACGGUGACUAUAUCCUCGCGGCCGAGGACACCAAGUUGUUCCCAUCAUCGUGCUCGACCACCCGGAACUCGUGCAUUAAGGACGCUCCGGCCGGGACGUCUUGAAGCAAAUUAGCACUUUCACAAAGCUACAAACAACGCCAAACCCGUCCAGUCAUAUAGACCUGCUUGCCCCUUUCAACGUGCACACAUCCUGCAGACAUACUAUCGACCAUGCGUACAAGACCGUUACCCAUCGAUCCAAACACCUUGUCAGAGCUUGAGAACUCGUCCGACUCAGAUUGGUUGGAUGUCGCGAGUAGCAGAGCCUCGGAAGACACUGACUCGGUCGUCGGCUUCGACAGCGACCGCGAGCUGGGUUCCGACCGACCGCCUUCCAGACGAUCAACCAACAGCGCUGCGAGCUCGCGCGACGAAGUGCACAUCUGGCAGGGAUUGCUCGAGGGCGUUGAGUCACACGUAGCUCCGCUCGCGCUGACCACCCGCCUCGUGGCGCUCAGCAGCGACGACAUACUUCCUCCCGACGCAGAGGCCCCCGACGAGGCGCAUGACCCCGAGGAAGAGCAACGCGUCAGGGAGGCGCUCGACCAGAGCAUGGCGAGCACCCUCAGUGGCUCGCGCGGCUCUAGUUCCCUCAGCGGCUCGCACACGUCCAUCGUCCACUCUCGCGACCUUCGCCUAUCAUUCCCUGACCCGCUCAACAGUCCGCGCGACGAGCCCCUUAACAUCUCGUUUGAAGACGUCGCUCCGCCGUCUGAAGCUGACGUGGCCCCCACCGUAUCGACAGACGCUAGCCUGAUCAGUGCUCCUGACAGCGGCCCAGCGCCUGUGGCUGCAGAUCUGGGCGAGCCUGCCACGCCAGCGGUCCCGGAGGACGACGUGCGUCCCGACUUUUACGUCGUCCUGUACGGCGCAUCGUCAGCCGUGAAGUGGUCUCUCGUCGAUCAGCUGCUCGACAAGGCCGCCAAGGGCUCUCAUUAUGUCUUGACGUCGAAGAUCGUCGGCCUGAUCGACGGAUACGUGCGCUUCAUGAGCUCGGACCACGAGAGCCUCGCCGUAUCCGUGAUCGACCGCACGGAGCUGUCUGACGGUGACAAGCCGAGCUGCGUUCCGUUAGAGAGGCCAUCGCUCGCAGUCGUCUUCCUCCCAGCUCCUCCUUUAUCUCUUCCAGAGCACACACUGUAUCUCCCUGUUGUGGCGCAGCGGCUCAGCAUGGAAGGAGUACCUCAUUCGGCCGACCAGCUAUUCGAUGCCGAGCAGCAGUGGGAGACGCUGCACAUCCCACGCAACAAGGUCGCCCGGCUGUCACCGUUCUACACAGUCAUCGAGCGGGAAGAGGUUGAGCGAUCGGUUCCGAGAUACGUCGCCCGCGUCCUGCGACCGCUGUUUGCGAGAUCGGACCGGAAGCCGGCACAGACGUUCCCGUCGAGGCAUGCGUUGACGAUUCUCGCCGUAUUGUCUGUGGUAUUGGGCUAUCUGAUCAAGCGUUCUUUUGGACCGUCGAUCAUCUCGACAGAGCCGGGGGUAUCGCAGCCGGUGGGGCACAUCGCUGUGAGCGCGAACGCGUCACUAGCUGGUCAGACGGCGCUGUCGUCGGCUUUGGUGCCUUCGUCGCUGAAGGAGUUUGCACUCGCGGUGCUGCCUGCGCCUCUGGUUGCAUCGACCUCGUCUGGCGAUGUCUCUCAGGCGCCCCACGAAUGUGCCUGUGGGUGCGGUCUUGUCAGCUGGCCGGGGAAGGUCAAGGACACGACGGACAUUAUGGUCCGACCCACCACGCUGGCGCCCGCGCUCCGCGACACCAGCAAGACGGGCCUUGCGCUGCUCGCCGCGCAGACACACGGGCAUGAGCACGGUAACAGCAAGGGCAAGGGCAAGGCGGUCGCGCGUGCGGAAGAGCCGCUGUAUGCGCUGAGCAUGCGGCUGGCAGACUCGGUUUCGGAAUAUUUCGACCUGCGAGCGGUCAGCAUGACCGUGGUGCGGGAGCUGCAGGAUAUCGUUGAUGUGUUGCGUGAGCUUGCGCAUGAGAUUAGGCGACAGACGGCGGCGAGGUGGCAGCAUUGGACGGGCAUCGCGCAUGGGCUGCGUGCGCAGGUUAUGGACCGGCACGGGCGGGCGCGGACGAAGGCCCAGGAGCUGCGGCAGAUGGGUGGGAGGCUCGCCGAGUCGGUGCGCGGCCGGGUGGGUGCGGCGAAGGAGAACGCACGGCUGGUGAAGGAUGUGUGGCAGUCGGACGCGUGGCGUUCGGGGUGGGAGGGGUCGAGAGUACGACAGCUGGCGCAGGAGCGGAAGAAGGCACGCAGGCUCAUGCGGCAGGCGGGCUUCAAUCACUGAGUGCUUGGAAACGGUAAAUUCUCGAGUUGUUUUUGUUAUCGGACUGCGUGUAUCGCGACAGGUCGCCACCU